CCAUCAGUGGUCACAUGUGAGUGAUUCUCGCUAUUUUGAAUGCACUUUGUCUCAGUUCCUCUUGUAAAGGAAAGGAGGAUAUUGGCUGGACUAGUCAAUUGUUGUCAGGAGAAUAACUUAAAUGAGCCAUAUUCUCAUGUGAAAUGAUCGAUAGUUUUGGAGUCAAGUGUGCGCUGAAUAAAAGUCCGUAUGUGCUUUGGCCAAAGAGCAGGAAGUAGCCUUGAACUCCUUGCAGGGAGCCGAGCAGCAUGAAUGAGGGCAGAUCGGAUGACGCUGGAUGCGACUCAACUAGAUCUGAACCAGCUGUCCGUCAUGCCGACGCCCACGGCAGCAGGACGAGCAGACAGGGCCCCGUUGUGGAGCGACUCUCGAGGUAUGGCAUGCAGGUCAUGCCCAGCGCCUUCCAGCGUAGGUCGAGGCAACUGGAGGUCACCGCCAGCUCCGCACCGGGGGGGCCUCAGAGGGAGGCUCCGGAGCGAGGCUCGCUGCCACCCGCCAUGCGUAAAAAAUACCUGAAAGAGCUGCUUCUGAGUAAUGCGUCGCACGGCGGGUUGAGCAGCGUGCUGUCACAAACGCGCAGCGUGUCCUCCGAGCAGGACGCGGACUGGGCGUUGUAUCCGAUGGAGCACGCGUGGAUGCUGUCUGCCGUGGAGGGAAACUACGAGACCAUCCUGGAGUUCAUCUCCGAGGACCCCUACCUGUUAACCAGGAAGGAUUUCAUCAGCGGGUACUCGGUCCUGCACUGGCUGGCCAAGAGGGGACAGGACGAGACUCUGCUCAAACUUCUGCGGUACGCAGAGAGUGCGGGGGUCCCUGUGAACGUGAACGUGCGGGGCAGCGGCGGGCUCACCCCGCUGCACGUCGCCAGCCUUCACGGGCAGUACAUGGUCAUCAAGCUGCUGGUCGGCGCCUUCAGUGCCAACGUCGAUGCCAUGGACUAUAAUGGGAAGAGGGCCUGGCAGUAUCUGGAGGGAGACGCCCCGCUGGAGAUGAGGGAGCUGCUGGGGACCUGGGAUGAUGAGCACAGCUGCGCAUGUGCGCAAAACGUCAACAACAACAGUGCCGGGACGAUGAACUUGACCGCACAUGACGAGGUCGAUACCGGAGAGACCGAGGCGGUGGCCUCCUUUGACCGGACUCAGAGAGGGGGGAGCUGGAGGUUUGGGUUCAUUAGGAAGCUGCUUCCCUCGUUUUCGUUUCUGGGAAACCAAAGCUGACUGGUUAUGAUACGUAUCACAGUAUCAGUGGUUCACAACCUUCUGAGGAGAGAAUCAUAUUUCUGCGUGUUGAGUCCUUAAAGGGUAAACAGCAGCGCAUACUUAUGGGAAAUGCUCGAAAACAAGUUAGGGUUAAUACAGUCCAGCUGUACUUGCAGAAUGUUGUACAUGUUAAGAAAGGGACGUUUGAACUGUGUGGAAACAAUUGAAGAUGGCAAUGAUCAAAAGGGAUUAGACGGUUUUAUCGAAUACAUGUUCACUUAAAACCUUCAAAAAAAACUGUGCAUAACUUGGGAGAAGUCACGAAAUGACAUUUAUACAUUUUAAAGGAAGCCAAGUUUGAAUCCAUUCAGUAGCAAUAUUGCAGUUUCAGAAUUCUUAUUUUGAACGCCAUUCAAGAAAAAAAACUUAAAUAAAAACACAUUGCCUAUG